AGAGAGACGGGAGAAACGACGAGGAGGAGAGAAGGGAAGGACUGUGUUUCGCGCUUCCUGAGGAGGACUUUGCUUCUGCUGCCGUUUGUUUUCAUCUUCAUCUACUCCAGGACUUAUUCCAGACCGUGGGUUGGAUUUUCUGUGGGACUGGUAAUUGUCACUGAGUAUAAGGAUUUGUCGGCCGCACCGCACCCAAAGAACACACAGGCCUGCAACUUUUUUUGUUUUUGUGUGCGUGUAAGAGUGUGUGUGUGUGGGCCCACUGUUUUGUUAAGAGGUAUUUACCAACGGGUAAGGUUUUACAAUGAGGAGUACUCUGCUGCUGGUGAUCCUGUUCAGUGUGUCUGGGACAUGGGCUGAAGGAGACAAUGGAUGUGCUAACCAAGGUUUACAGACGAAGGAUAUCUGGGAUGAGCUGAAAGCUCUGAGAGACAUGGUGGUGGAGCAGAGGGUGGAACUGAGGAAUACUAAGGCUGAACUGCAAACCCAGAGAGACAAAGUGGCUCAUCUAGAGAAGGAGAACACAGUGAUGAGUUCCAGACUGACAGCCACCGAAAACAAGGUGACAGCAAUUACAGCGGAGCUGGAAGCGACUAAGGCUGAACAGCAGCUCCAGAAGAAAAAAGUGGAAGAGGCUGAGAGGCUUAUUUCUGUUCAAGCAGCAGAACUGGCAGCCCUAGUUUCCAGAGUGACAGCCAGGGAGGAGGAGGCGCAGGAGCAGAAGAAGGAGGUGACAUCUCUCAGGGAGGAGCUGGAUAUUUCUAAGACUCAACUGCAGCUCACCAAGAACAAAUUGGAUGAGUUGGAAGGGACUAUUGCAGACACACCAAAGCUGGCUUUCUCUGCUGGUUUGACCACCUCAGGAAAAAUCGGACCAUUCAAUGCUGAAACUCCACUCAUCUACAGUAGAGUCUUCACAAAUAUUGGUGGGGCUUACAACCCAACUACAGGUAUCUUCACAGCACCCGUCAAAGGAGUCUACUAUUUCAGAUUCACUGCCUUCAACAACAAGAAGGGAGAAUGGAUGGCAGUAAAUUUAUACCAUAAUAGUCAGAGGAUUUUGCAUAAUUCUGAGUUAGCUAAUGGUCAUGCUUUCAUUUCAAAUGCAUUAAUUCUACAGCUGGAACAAGGAAGUGUGGUCUAUAUGCGUCUCCAAAAAGACUGUGGGCUUUAUGAUGAUCCAAGCUCCUUGAACACCUUCAGUGGUUUCCUGCUGUUCCCUCAGUUACUUUCAAGGCUUUGAUCAUCUUUACACUUUCCAGUUUUCUACUACACUACACUUCCUUAAUCCUUUGUGAAUAUUGUCUUUGGUUGCAAGUUGACUCUUAAAUAAAUAAAUGAAAGUGCAUGAUUACCAA